AUGGAUCCAAUUGACAAAGCAAUCAAAUCAAUCGAAGCGCAUGAGCCUGGGGAAUUGUUCUACUACUCAAAAAUUGCAAUCAAGUCUAACGUCAAUCCUACAACACUAUCCCAAAGGCACCGAGCUGUUCAAGCAUCACGGGCUACUGCAGCCUCUCUCCGCCAAAAUCUCAGCCCACAACAGGAGCAGCAGCUGAUACAACAUAUCAAUAAGCUU